AUGAUUACUGUAAUUAUUGCAAUAAUAACAAUAUUGUCGUUAUAUGUAUACGGUACAAGGACGUAUAAAUACUGGGAGCAGAGGGGAAUCAAACAUGACAAGCCUAUACCAUUCUUGGGUAACAAUGCAAGAAAUUUCCUGAUGCUGUUGAGCCCAACGGAAAUCACAGUUGAAAUGUACUGGAAAUAUCCGAAUGAGAAGGUCAUCGGGUUCUACCGAGCGUUCCGGCCGGAGCUUGUAGUAAGGGAUCCUGAAAUUGUGAAACGAGUUUUGACGACCGAUUUCAUUCACUUUUAUCCACGUGGUAUAAACUCACACAAGAAAGUUAUUGAACCGAUGCUGCGUAAUCUGUUCCACGUGGACGGUGACGUCUGGCGGCUGCUGCGACAGCGCAUGACCCCAGCGUUCACCAGCGGCAAGCUCAAGGCCAUGUUUCCGUUGAUCGUCGAGCGAGCCGAGAAGCUACAAACGCGAGUUUUAGAUGCCGCUUCGAGUGGCCGCAUAUUAGACGCUCGUGAAUUGCUGGCUCGUUACACAACUGACUUUAUUGGAGCUUGUGGCUUCGGUCUUCAGACAGACUCGCUUAAUGAUGAGAAUUCAGCAUUCAGACAGUUAGGAGCAAAAAUGUUCUCACCCACCGCAAUGCAGCUUAUUAUUGGCUAG